AGGAGAGUUUAGGCUUCUUCUUCCAGCAGGCUAGUUUCAGACAAUUGUGUAAAAUUUGGUGUAUAGAACGCAAAGCAAAUCCCAAAUCUGAAGCAAAAUCAACAAAAUGUUGUCCUGAUCUAAUCCAAUUCCAUUCCGGAGGCUGAAUUUUCUUGCGAUUGAUUCAUGACAUUGGCAUCUUCAUAGUCUCCGAUCCACACCAAUUCUCGAAUCAUCACAAGCGGCAGCCAUGGGAGUACCUUCAGCUUCCUCCAUUGACGGAGGUGGAGGUCACCGAGAUGCCGAAUCUCUCUUCCGAACAAAACCCAUUUCUGAAAUUCGGAAGGUUGAAUCCUCCACCCGUGCUCAGAUCCAAUCCAAGCAAGAGGAGCUACGGCAACUUGUCGGUAACCGUUACCGAGAUCUGAUCGACUCCGCCGACUCCAUCGUUCUUAUGAAAUCCACUUCCCAUUCAAUUUCAUCUAAUCUCUCUUCCAUUCACCUUUCUAUCCGUUCCCUUUCAUCUUCUGAUUCCCUCACGCAUCUUCCUUCUAAUAAUCAUGUUCGUGUUACCCUUUACGCCAUCGCUUGUCGGGUUAAGUAUCUUGUUGAUACCCCUGAGAAUAUUUGGGGUUGUCUUGAUGAGUCCAUGUUUCUCGAAGCUGCUGUUCGUCACCUUCGAGCGAAGCAUGUGCAACAAGCUUUGACGACCCACAAUGCCGAUUCCGACCGUAAGUUCCUCUCUAAUUUUCCUCUGCUUCAGCACCAUUGGCAGAUAGUGGAGAGCUUCAAAUCUCAGAUUUCGCAGCGUAGCCGUGAGAGAUUGCUUGAUCGUGGACUUGGGGUUGGAGCUUAUGCGGAUGCUUUGGCUGCUGUCGCGGUUAUUGAUGAGCUUGAGCCGAAGCAAGUACUCAGUUUGUUUCUUGAUACGAGGAAGUCUUGGAUUUCUCAAAAAUUAGGUAUGUGCGGGAGCAAUGCAGCUUGCUCUAUUGUUGUAUCCGUGUUCUGCGAGGUUUUGGCUAUAAUUCAGGUUAGUAUAGGACAGGUCGGUGAGUUGUUUUUGCAAGUUUUGAAUGAUAUGCCAUUGUUUUACAAAGUUAUAUUAAGUUCUCCACCUGCGUCACAAUUGUUUGGUGGAAUUCCCAACCCGGAUGAAGAAGUUAGGCUCUGGAAGUUAUUUAGGGAUACGUUAGAGUCAGUCAUGGUCAUGCUUGAGAAAGAUUACAUUGCUAGCACUUGUUCGAGUUGGCUAAGAGAAUGUGGAAGAGAGAUCGUUAGCCAGAUCAAUGGAAGGUUUUUGAUCGAUGCCAUUGGAACUGGCCAGGAUCUUGCUUCUGCUGAGAAAUUAAUAAGAGAGACAAUGGAAAGUAAGGAAGUCUUGGAAGGAAGUUUAGAUUGGUUAAAAAGUGUUUUUGGAUCUGAAAUUGAGUUGCCGUGGAGUAGAAUGAGGGAACUUGUUUUGGAAGAUGACUCAGACCUCUGGGAUGACAUAUUUGAAGAUGCAUUUGCUCGCAGGAUGCAAACUAUUAUUGAUUCAAGAUUCAUGGAAAUGAUUAAAGUAGUUAAUAUUGCAGAAUCGGUUCAUCUAACUGAGGACGUUUUAUAUAAUAAUGGGUACUUGAAUAGACCCUCUACAGGUGGUGGUGUUUGGUUUAUAGAGUUUAAUGCUAAGAAAACUUGUCCAACUGUGGGAGCAAAAGCAUCUGUAGAAGAGAGUGAUCUUAAUACUUGUAUCAAUGCUUAUUUUGGUCCAGAAGUCAGUCGUAUCAGAGAUGCAUUUGAAAACUGUUGUCAGAGUGUGCUUCAGGAUCUUCUAAGUUUCAUAGAAUCUCCAAAGGCAUCAAUAAGGUUAAAAGACCUGGCACCUUAUCUACAGAAUAAGUGCUAUGAAAGCAUGUCAACCAUAUUAAUAGAACUGGAAAAAGAGAUUGAUAAUCUAUAUAGUAACAUGGAAAAUAGUAGGACUGCUAGUCAGCCUGUUAGUCUUGCUCCGCUUGUUGAGAGAUCAAUUUUCAUUGGUCGUCUCCUGUUUGCAUUUCAAAAUCACUUGAAGCACAUUAGUGUCAUCCUUGGUUCACCAAAAUUUUGGGUAAAUGACACACCAUCCUCUGUUUUUGAUAAGCAUUCUUCAUUACUGCGACAGUCCAAAGGUGUUCCUGAUUCUGCUCUGUAUGUUAAUUCUCCUGGAAGACAGAUGUCUACAGACUCUAGAAGACAAACGUCACUAGCCACAGCUGCUUUGCUUGGAACUAAAGAAAGUGCAAGCCCAAAACUAGAAGAACUGAAUAGGGUUACUCAUGAUCUUUCUGUAAGGUCUCAUAGCUUGUGGAUGUUAUGGUUAUGUAAUGAGCUUUCUGCAAUUCUCUCUAGAGAUCUUUCUCAAGAUGAUGCCCUACUUUCAGCAACUCCCUUGAGGGGCUGGGAAGAGACAAUAAUCAAGCAAGAACAAUCUGUGGAAGGUCAAUCAGAUAUGAAAAUUGCUCUUCCAUCAAUGCCUUCCCUUUAUAUAAUUUCCUUUCUGUUCCGUGCAUGUGAAGAAAUUCACAGGAUUGGGGGUCAUGUUCUAGAGAAGAUAAUUAUUCGAAAAUUUGCAACAACCCUACUGGAGAAGGUUAUAGGUAUCUAUGGGCACUUCAUUUCAUCUAUGGAAGUUGGCGGGCCGCAAGUGUCAGAAAAAGGUGUAUUGCAGGUUCUGUUGGAUAUAAGGUUCACUGCUGAUAUUUUAUGUGGGGCUCAUUCUAAUAUGAGUGAAGAGUUGUCCAAAAACCCAAGGGCAAAGUAUGCCCUCAGAAGGAAGCAGGAUAUGAGUGAGGAAAAAUCAGUUGUUAGAGACCGUGUGAAUGCGUUAACAGAUCGUCUUUCAAAAAGGCUUGAUCCUAUUGACUGGCAAACGUAUGAGCCAUAUCUCUGGGAAAAUGAAAGACAGACAUAUCUUCGACAUGCUGUCCUUUUUGGAUUCUUUGUGCAGCUCAAUAGAAUGUAUACAGACACUGUUCAGAAAUUGCCAAGCAAUUCGGAGUCCAAUAUCAUGAGAUGCAUGACUGUUCCUCGUUUUAAAUAUCUUCCCAUCAGUGCUCCAGUCUUGUCAUCAAAAGGAGGAAUGAAGGCGACUGUUCCAACACCUUCGGAUGAUAUCUCCUCGAGAAACUCCUGGAAAGCUUUUACGAAUGGGGAGCUUCCUCAAAAAAUAGAUUUAAAUGAUAACUCCAGUUUUGGGGUAGCAGCACCGUUGUUUAAAUCUUUCAUGCAGGUUGGAAGCAGAUUUGGAGAGAGCACUCUAAAACUUGGGUCCAUGUUGACUGAUGGCCAAGUUGGCAUAUUUAAAGAUAGAUCAGCAGCUGCAAUGUCUACAUUUGGUGAUAUUCUACCCGCACAAGCUGCAGGUCUUCUCUCUUCCUUCACUGCUUCCAGAUCAGAUUCUUGACGUUCUUCUAAAUGCAUACAUAAUUUUGAUCAAUAUCGGGUUAUAAUGACCACUAAAAAGCAACGAAACAUUCAAACAUUCAUGGGCAUUAAAGAAGAUACGUAGCAGUCCCAAGUUUUGAUGGUAACUCCAGAAUCUAGAUGAGGUAUUAGUACUCUAGAGCCUAUAGACAAGCUUUUUUCCUGUGUUACGAAACCAAACUGCGAUCAACCACCAACAGAGGCAAAUUGAAGGCAGAAGUAUACUACGGAAUACGUCUAUUGGCCAGUGAGAGGCAAAUUACAGGUGACAAGUCUCCAGCUAGAUCUUCCAAAUUAUAUUUUUCUGAGUGUUCUCUUACAAAUAAGUGUACCAUAUGUAAUGUGGAUAAGAUUGAUGGAUCCUUUCUGAACAAAUAUUGCCAAAGAUCAAUUAUAUGUGGGAUAAAAGAAUAAUGUCUAUAGGAGGGGAAUACUUUGAAAUAUGUAUGUACAUGCAAAAUUUUCACAAAGGCAAAGGCCAGGCUUUAACGUUUAGAUUGGAAGGCGAAGAACAUUGUUGGAGUGUGGAUUCUUAUUUGUUUGGAUUCGUGCCAUAUGUAUAGGUAAAGGUAAACAAUCUACUCUUUUCUUUUCUCCAUUUCUUCUAGAGAAAGUAUAUGUAUAUGUUGUUUAUGUUUAGCCAACUUUGAUUUGUUGUUUUGAA